AACGCAGUCAAAUUAUUGGUAAUAGGAUUUUAUUGAACUGAAAAACGGUAAAAAUAGCAACAUACCAUGCCACACCAAACGAUACAAAUUCAUUCCGAGCAACAACAACACGAAAUGUUUGCAGAUCCAGUCCAUCAUCCCAUCGUAAUUGGCAACGAAACAUUUGUCGUAACUCUACAGGAUCAGCGGAAUAUUGUAGAUAGAAGAAAUUGGUUUUUAUCUCGCAUUGAUUCUACUCAACUGGGAAACGGUCCGUCACAAAAGGCCAACUCUCCACUGCCUGCACCAUUCGAUUUGAAAACAUUUGUUGCCCGAUUACUUCAAGAGCUAAGCGCAUCCGCGGUUCCUCCAACGGUCCCAACUUCGAUUCAAAAUGCGACGCUCAAAAACCGAGGGGUAUAUUGUUUCCAUUACGAUAAGCAAACCGACACCGACGAUCUACCGUACUAUCAAAAUCGGGAUCGACUGGCCCGCAAAGGACCGGUUGUAAAACACGUCCAUUACUACGUAGAAUGUGGCACCAAAAGUAAAGCAACCAACACGGAUGAGCCUAUGGAAUGUGAUCCUAUAACGGACGAUGAAGACAUGAAUCGUGUGUGGGAUCAAAACAACAUCUAACGAGCUUAUCAGGAAUAAAAAAGAACCUAUGCAGUUUUGUGUUGUUCAUUUUGUAAAUAGUAAGAAUUGAUAGCGAUAAUUUGUAUUAUAAGAUUUAUCAUAACCGGAGUUGCAAUAAAACAA